AUGGUUGAAGUACCUAAUUCUUCGAUUGCUUUGAUCCAUCGUAUCAUUCAAUUGGUUAUCUGUACUUAUAUAGCAUUGCGUAACAUUCGAGACGAUACGAAUUUUUCCUGUCGCUAUCAUAAUAUUCGUGACCCACGUUGUCCAAUAUUUCGUGUUGAUGAUAUUCUAAACAGAUUUAACACGAAUAUAUCUGCUCUUAUCAGUGAGGGUGGUGUAAUUGAAAUUGAACAAAAAUGGAAUUGCAAUUUUGAUUAUGUCAAAGACUUGUGUUAUCCUACAUAUGCUUUUCGUUUACUGCAAAGCGGUGAUGAUAAACAGUCGCCAGGUAUCAAUUAUCGCUCAACACAUAAAUAUCGUCUGAACGGUACUACUUAUCGAAUCCUAUCGAAAAUUCACGGUCUUCGUUUUGUCGUGUCGAUUACUGGCUCAUCUGGACGAUUCAAUGCACUUCAAUUAUUUCUUGCUAUUGGUAAAAUUCAAUCGACAACACAUAUUGUUUCCGGAUAG